GAAAAAGCUUCGAUGGAGUUUAUGACAGCUAGCGAAAAUAGGUUCGUGCCAAUGCAUAGAUGUGAGCUCUCUGUCUCGGAAAAGAGCAGGGCAGAAAGAGCAAGCAUUUUACGAUGAUGCUUCAACAGCUCAUUAGAAUGAGACGGAAUAAAAAAAAAAGCUUUUGGACGGGGUAUGACUGAGAGGAGAAACUGGCAUCAAGUCAUUCAGUGUACGGAAUUUGAAGCGUAUAGACGCAUAUUGAGCGCUGCAAUAUUGGUCCAAUCGUAUCUGGACGGAAUCAAAUACUGAGGAUGAAUCCCGAGUACCACAAUGGCGUGGUUGAUGCUCCCGUAAAAAAGAAGAAGAAAUCGAAGUUGGAGGUCGUAGCACAAAACCCAUCGAAACAUAUCCUCGGCCAUGCUAAACUCACUAAAGAGUCACAGGAGAUGGCUCCAACGAAAAAGUUGAAGAAGCGCAGCCUUAGACAAGCUAAUUUCUCUGAGGAGGUGGUGAUGCACGAAGGGGCUCUAUUGAAGAUUAAGGAAAAAUCCAAGCGUGGUGCUGCGAGGCCACAACCGCCGAAAGUGAAUUCUACAGCAGGAAAUAUACCGUUAGUGGCUCCAUUGAAGAAAAAGAAGAAAUCAAAACUUGGCGUGGCGAUGCAACAGCUGUCGGAAGCGAAUUCCAGCAACGUUAACCUCACCGAAGAGUUGGCUAAAGCACAGGAAACUAUACGAGCGCUUCAAAGCAGCUUGUCAUCCGCACAGAGCGAGACCGGAGAUGUCAACAGUGUGGAAUUCGAAAACGAUCUUGGUCCAAGUAGUACAAAACAUCACACCAGACCACAGGACCCAACUAACGAGCUUUCACGAUUUGUAACAUCGAUGAAUCAAAUAUCCGUGUCGUCAAUUAGUGUUCCGGAAUGCAAGCCAAGCAUAGAAGGCGAAGAUAUUUCGCGGCUUGACUUCGACGCGUGGCAGGAUUUGUUGACCAAUUCAUUGAUGUUGGCAGGUAUCACAGAGGAAGCAACUCAGUUCGCUGUUUUCAAAGUGAAGGCAGGUCAGAAACUCCUUGAAAUGUACAGGUCAACAGUAUCAUCUGGCGAUGUCCCUGACGAAGGAAUUUUCCCCUACUCCAAUGCUAUGUCGCGGCUAAAGAUGUAUUUUGCUUCUACAUCUGACAUCAUGCUACAGCGUAGAAAACUUUCUCUUAUGAUGCAGCAUCCGAAAGAAUCGGACUUGGUUUUCAUUAGAAGGGUUGCAACCGCUGCGAGGCAAUGCGAAUACCCGGAUGGAAAGCAACUUGAAGAGAUCCUGAGUACAGUAGCUGAACAAGCCAGGUAUAAAGAGGUAAGAAUCGCGGCGCUCAAAAUGAUGAGUCGUAAAUCAUCUUUGGCGGAUCUAAUCGAUAAAGUUCGAGAAAUCGAAACAAUACGAUUGAAUGAAGAAUAUGUCUCAAAGAAACAUGUGACACCAGAUACAACAUUGGCACCUGUGAACGCGGUGAAGGUAGAAGCCGGACUUUCUCGCUUUGUUGCUAAUCGUGCAACUCCGGCCUAUGCCAGAACUCCGCAGCAGCGAAUCAAUAUACGUGGCGGACGCGGUCAGCGAUCUGCGAGAGGUGGCAUGGUAUGGCGUGGAUCUAACUCACAUGUGCUCGAACGUUGUACUCGUUGCAACAGCGUUUAUCAUUCGGCAGAAAGAUGCUUCGCUAUAAAUCUGAAGUGUCACAAUUGUGGGGAUAUGGGUCACCUACUGCGAGCAUGCAAUCGACCGGUAGCUCCAAGAAAACAGCGAUUCCAUGAUGAAGGGAUGCCAGCUAAAGAUCCACUGGAAGUUGCAGCAGUAGCAGCUAAACAGGAGACGAUGGCUGAGCAAGUUACAACGGAUAAACCUGUAAGUGAAAAUUAAUUUGAUUACAAAAAACUCACCAAAGGGCUGACAAGAAGUGUUUUUUUUUUGAUAAUAAUAAUAAUUAAUGUAUGUCAUAAUGACCAGAACUCUCGUAUUUCAAUAAA